GUGGGGCGCCGCGAGGGAGGGGUCCCAGCGCCGCAGUCCUCGCGGUGCCCGCGACAGCAGCAGCAGCAGCAGCAGCAGCAGGUGGAGCCCCGUUCAGCUGUGAGCAGCACUUGGCCGGAAACCCGCGCCGCAGCCGCCCGGCCGGGAGCUGGCCCUCCAGGCUGGAGCCCACGCCGCCCCGGUCCGACCCAGUUUCCCAGGCACCGGGUUACCGAAGCCCGCGGCCGGGGAACGCGGUUGGGUCCGGGGUCGGAUGCAUCUCAGUGCACAUAGCUGCUCUGGGAGACCUCAGCGCGGGGCGCAGGGCUAACGGGACCUGGCCCACCUCAGCCACCUAAAGACUUGUGCUCCGGGGACAGAGCGGCUUUGGGAUCCGGAGUCCCGGCACCUGGCCAGACGCUGUUGAAGUCUGGGUGUCGUGCUCACCCCACCUCUUUGCUUGGACACCAACAGAGAGGGCUCUUUCCAGAGGACCGGACUUCCUCGCCUGGUCCUGAGUGGAGUCCUCGCACCCGGUGCCUGUUGGUCUUGAGAACCUUUCUAGUUGACACUGGUCUGCAGGUGUUCACUGAGGGUUAGGUUUCUUCUUCAGCUAGGGGGACAGUUGCUACCAGAGGCAUUCUGUGCCUGUGGGCUCUCCAGGUCCUAGUCUCCAGUUCUGCCGGAGGAAUCGUCCCGGCUUCGCUGACCCUCAACUCUGUCUCUGCUUGUCGUGGGUGCUCCUAGCCGUUUGGUUUUUGCCCGGAGUGUGUAGACUAGACAUCUUUCUGACUCCCAUUUGGGAAGGCUCUGGUCUCCAGGGAGCGGCUUUGUGUGUGGUGGGAUCCGGGGUCCUCAGCCAUGGCCUUCACUUUCGCUGCUUUCUGCUACAUGCUGUCCCUGGUGCUCUGCGCUGCGCUCAUCUUCUUCGCUAUCUGGCACAUAAUCGCCUUUGACGAGUUAAGAACGGAUUUCAAGAGUCCCAUAGACCAGUGCAACCCGGUUCAUGCGAGGGAACGGCUGAGGAACAUCGAGCGCAUCUGCUUCCUUCUGAGAAAGCUGGUGCUGCCCGAGUACUCUAUUCACAGCCUCUUCUGCAUCAUGUUCCUGUGCGCUCAGGAGUGGCUCACCCUGGGGCUCAAUGUCCCUCUGCUUUUCUAUCACUUCUGGAGGUAUUUCCACUGUCCAGCAGAUAGCUCGGAGCUAGCCUACGACCCGCCAGUUGUCAUGAAUGCGGACACCUUGAGCUACUGCCAGAAGGAGGCCUGGUGUAAGCUGGCCUUCUACCUCCUCUCCUUCUUCUACUACCUGUACUGCAUGAUUUACACCUUAGUGAGCUCCUAACUCAGAUCCUGCUGAUGGAGAGGCCGAAGCUGGGAACCCCACUGCGGCUGUGGCUAGAGGAGCACCAGACAGGAAUGACAGAGAGACGCAGCUGGCAGAGACCGAAUGGAAGGAAGGGGAGUCACACAGCAGUCAGGGCCAUGGUACCCAUGCGUGUCUGUUUCUGCCUUCGUCUUUCACAGCCCCUCUGAGCAUCGGGGUGCCAGCUUGUAGCUGAUGAAACACUCAGCCUCUGCAGAUGCCAUUAUUACUUCCUUCAUCCACUUCACUGAGCAGCAGAACCGUGCAAGUUUCACAUGGAGAGCUCAUCCAGACGGUAGAAACGAGGCCGGACGCUGGCGCUGGAAGGUGUCGAUCAAGGGACAGAAUGGCUCAGGGCCAAGGCCAGAUCUUCAGGGAUGGCUGAGACCCACAGGGACACCACGGGCUACCCAAGACUCUUUUCAUAUUUUUUUUUUCCAGAGCUGUGGCCACAUGCUUUGCUCAGUGCAAGGCAGAAAGCUGUGGGGACUGCCCUGAGCCAUCUCUCACGUCACUUUUAUGCUCUAUGUUCAGGAGCCUGGGCUGUGGCUUCCUGAGCUGGGUGUGGCAGCAAGUCCUGUCCAGUGUGAACUGGGGAGGGGAGAAAAAUUGAUUUCUAAAAAUGUUUGCAACAUGUCCCAGGUGUGAGUUCUUCACCCUUCCAAGAUGUAUUCUGCCACUCUGCCAAAAAUUCAUGAGUCAUUACAUGCCAAUCAGCUGGCUGGCAUGAGCCAAAGCCUAAAAACAAAACAAAACAAAACAAAACAAAAAACCCUCAAAAUAGUGUGAAGCCCAGAAACAGAGCUGCUCUGUAUGUGGGUAUGGACAACCAGGAAGUGAGACGACACAAUUAUCACUUCCACUGAUGCUUUACAGCCUUUGUGCUGUUCAGUUCAAUGUGGGGACAUCGCUUAUUCAGAAUUUUCAACUUUUGCUCCUUUUUUGGGUGGGAGUUGCGGGACAGGUGUAAAUACUGACAAGGCAGAGUUUUUAUGAUGCUUAAAUUGGGCACAAUGAUUUUAACCUAUUUCCCCAAACUGCCUUGUUUUCUACCAUUUUACACACACACAUACACACACACACACGCACAUGCACAUGCACACACACACUAUUUAUAUAUAUACCGGUUCCCAUCUGAAUUCUGUGACUCAGUUUUUUUGAAUGGUGUUUGUGUAACACAUUGUGUGCUAUGUUUAAGAUGCAGCAACAACUUCAGUGGCUCACCUCAUCUCAUUUCAACCCAUCCCGGGCUGCUUGUGAAUCCAUAUGGUUGGCAAACUAGUAGGUAGAAAAGCAGUUUCAAAAGAAACAGUGUUUCUAAAAAAAAAGUAAAGUAAAAAAAAAAAUCUACAGAAAACAAAAUAAGGAGGAAAAAACUUACAAGAAAGAAGAAAAACAAAAGACUGCUUUCCUGAGGGGCCAGCUGUAUCAACCACAACGGGUCAGGGGUCAGCUGUAUCAACCAGGGCACGUGUGUGUCAGGGAGAGUGCUUUCUUUCCCUUGGCAAGAGCUCUUACUAUGGAGGGUAACUUGUUGAAGCCACACAGCCUCAGCUGGGUACCAUUCCCAGGGAUGGCUAGUUACAUCAACAAACAGUGGGGGUCUGAGUGUCAGGUGCAAAGCUAACUUGAUCAUCAUCUUGCAAGAAAAGAACAAAGACAUGGAGAAUAUAAGGAAGGGGAGGGGUGUCUUCUUUCCUCUCUCCAGGAAUCUGUUUUACACUUCCGUCUUCCAAAACUGCUUAAAGUAGCUUUUGACAGGAGACACCAAUAUCAGAGAUUGUUCAUGUGAACUUGGGACAUUCAAAUCUAUGAAGGAGGUCUGUACCACGUCCCAGCUUCCUGAGUGGUCAAUUUAACAUCAUCCCUUAGCAGUAAAUGGUCCCAGGACUUUACAUUUUCUAGACCACUUUCCUAGCACACUGAACCCUCCACAAGGUCCUCUUGUUUUCUGUUUUAAAGUGUGUGUGUGUGUGUGGGGGUGUUUACAAGACCUGCCUAUGAACCUGGUAGCUGACUUUAAGAGAACAUGCCUUUUCUGUCCCCACCAAAAGCCUUGACUUUUAUGAGGAAAGAUUUUAAAGCAGAGAGCUUUAGCUAAAGGAAGUGCGUGGUGGCCUGGGUUUCUUUAAGGUGCAUGUGUGUGAGAGAUUCCUCUCUUAGGCCUUCGAAAUCCUUAAGCACUGCUGGUCAUUCAAAGCAUUCCCUUGCCAUCAGUUGUGAUUGGAAAAGAAGUCCGGUGGUCUCGUGGGAGUUAGAGCAAAUCCUCAGUUCCCCAGGAGAAGCUCAUUUUCCUGGUGGUAAAAAUAAGCAAGAUGGGGCUAGUGGCAGAGUGCAGGUGUAUGCCAGGCGCCACAGUCAAUGGGAAGAGCGCCUUCCAGAUAGGCACAGCUGGUCCGAGGCGGGGCUUUAAAACCAUGCAGCUGGACCUAUUUCCACAGUUUUGCUUGUUUGGCUAACAUUCUUUCGUCGUGCAGCUCAUUUAAGGAAGGAAGGAGCAAGGCAGAGGCAAAAAAGUUCCCAGAGCCUCAAGAGUCCAAAGGAAGGGGUUUUGUUGAGCAAGUUAGAACCCAUCUACUGAGCAUAGGUCAGGGUACUUUAGGGGUGUAGCAUGUGCCAGUACUGGCCUGGAGUAUGGGCCCUGUCCCCCUGCUGUGGCCCUGUGCAACUGUGCUGCAUGUGACCUGGAUGAUGGAGAGUCAGUCACAAGGUCACGUUUCCCUUUGCUAAGGUGAGAGAAGAAUGACAGGCUGUGCCCCAGCUCGCUAUAAGGAUGGUGCGACUUCAUGUCUGCUGUGCCUGGUAACGGUGAGUACUCUAGAGAGGGAACUGUGCCCUGCUCUCUACACUCUACCCAAUGCCCCAGCUUCCUGCCAACCCCUCGACCGAUGCACAUCUCAUUCAGUCCUCACAAUGACGCUAUGACCAUCUUUAAACGGUAGUUGAAAGCUUUGAUACAAACCCUACAGAGGUCAAGGACCCCAGCCAAAGUCACACUUGCCAAGUUGUCAACCUGAGUCAUUUUGCUUCUGGGACCUUGAUGUUUCUGUAUUCUGGAAAGAGCCAUGCAGUGCAGGAAGGGUGAUGGGAUGUGAAGGAAAAAAAUAAGAGGGAAUGGAGUGAUGGUGGACAGGGUAGGGGCUGAGCAGCAGGCCUCACAGGCCUCACAGCAAGCAACCUGGGGGCCUGGCUGCAACUAGAGAUUCUGGGACUGGAGAACCAUGUGGCACUUCUUUUCUGACAGACUUCUCAUCUGUCACAUGAGGUGCAUACCGCCUCCCAUGACUGUGACAAGUCAACUGUGUCUAGGGAGCUCAUAGCAGAGAGCCUGGCUCUACAAUCUUGUCCCAGGAAAACUCAUUCCUGGUCCUCCCCACACUGCCCCGCCCUCUGUGCCAGAUGAUUACAUCUGGGGACGAGGAUGAGAACAAACCUAGCCGUGUCUCAUAGGAGCACAGAGCACUGUUCACCAAGUCUCAGCUUUCUUCCUGUCCUCUCCCCUUCCUGGGGGUGGGGGAGUCACUGUCCCAGCCGUGCAACAGGGGUAACAGCUCAGCCUCAAGAAAAGUACCUCCUUUGCUCCCUAUUUUUAGGCUUGGUAAUUGCACCAAUGUUGAAUAAAAUUGUCAUCGUUAUGACAGUUUUAUUCUCCCACGUAAGACAUGAAUGCAGCCAGCAAAACGCUUUGACAACAACUAAUUGUACUCACACUGUGUUAUCACGCAGCUACGUUCUAUAGCCCUUUCUUUUGGGGGAUGGGGGAAUGGGAGCUUUGGCCUGUUCUGAUCCACACUGUGCUCUGGCAUGUGACUCUGUGUAGAACCUCCCCCGUUCCUCAGAGCCAAACCGGCCAUCUUUCCCAUUGCUUCUGCUCCAAAGUUGAGCCCCAAAGUGAAGCAUGGGAGAUGGGUAAGGAGGGACGGACUCUAGGUUGCUCUUAUAACAGGACUCUCUCUCUGGGAUGUAGAAAGGAGCCCAGCAAGGCAGAGAGUCUUCUAGACACUGCCUGGUGGGCACUUCUGGGGAAAGGUAGGUUUCCUGUUUGAGAAGAGGAACGUUCUUUCCUUAUGGGAUAGCACAUAUGGGAAUGUUCAACAUAGCCUUCACAGCUCUGCUAGCACUGGAAGGAGACCUCGGUGACCCAAGCUCUAGUUGCUGCUUAUGCUCCAGAAACAGCCACAACAAAAUGACAGCUUUCAGACCUUGGUCACUGUGUGGCCAUCCCUGCCACCUCUCAUGCCCCAUGCAGUUCUUCUCCAGCAUCCCUGGAUGCCCCGGAGAGGCUUUUCUAGGCCUUGACCUUGGACUCUUGGCUACCAUAUGGCAACCAUGUUUUCUUCUUUUCCAGUGAGCUGUGUAUUUGAAGUGGCUCAUCGGGGCUUACAGGAACCAACUGUUCUGACUUGUAGGGAAUUCGCUAGCAGUUGUUAAGUGCAGCCAUUGUUAAAACCAGAGUUAUGUAAGUAUAGAUAAAUUACGUGGAAGGCAGAGAUGUGUAGUUACAAGCCUACUUCCUAACACGUGCAUUUUUAAUGUUCCCUUUUAAGAUAUGGCUGACAUGUUUGUGGUAGAAAUAUGAAUGCCAAGUGACUGUGGGAUCCUAUUCAUUCUUUCUAGUCUCUUGUUCCCCAAUGUCACUAGAACCAGAAGACUGCCCAGGAGAAAAGUGUUUACAUCCCAGCAAUUGGCAAAUGGACCUCUUCCUGAUCCCCCAUUCUGGGUACCCUUAUUAGUACACCAUGGUCUGGCACAGUUGUGUGACCACAGCGUGGGAGCCAGUAACCAAGGCAACUAUAGCUGCAUCUUCGCAGCAGUGGGUGUGUAAUGGCUGGUGGCUUUGGGGGUCUGGGCAUCUGGUGGCACUGCCUUCCUGACCAGGCCUGUCAUCAACUCUGACUGUGACAAGAGCGAUACUGCUACUGUUGUUCACUGGAAGUCCUGAGGGGCUGUCACCCGGUGUUCUGUGGAUUUGACAGACAGGUACCAGCUUAUAAAGAGAACGAGUUACUUUUGUCUCCCGGCUGUAGAAGUUUCCGAAUGUGAUUAGUUGGCCCCAUGCUUUUGGGCUUCUGAUGGCACAUGAUGGAGGUGCCACCCUGGGGACCUGGGGAGAUGCUUAAUGUCUAACCUGCAGGUCAAGUGUGAUGGCACUUGCUUAGUAUCUGAGUCACAAGUAGGAGAACCAUGAGUUCAAGGCCACCUGGGCUACACAGUGAGACCCUGCCUUUAAACAGAAGUCACCUUCAGUAGCAGGAAAGCAUCCACUUAAGGAAGGCAGCCUUUUAAGGUGCCUGGCACUGCAGGGAGCAGGGCCGGGGGGGGGGGGUAGGAUCAGCAGCACCUUCUCUGCUAAGCAUGAAGUCACUUUGAUCCGCAGACCCUAGCUCCACUUCCCUAAGCUAACUUGGGGCUUUUGUUGUUCUUUUGAAACCUGUCACUUCCAGGGCCUCCAGCAUCCCCAUGCAUGUGGGGUCCAUGCCUCCUCCUGGAAUACUUGGGUGAAUAGAACUCAUAUUCUACUGGGUAUUGUUGCUAAAAUUCCUCCCUGGUGGGAGAUGUAAACAGCAUCUACCCUCUGCCUAAGGUCUCAGCAAAGGCUACUCUGGGAAAGCAAUGAAUUCAUUGGGCUUCCAGAAAGAGCAUAGGUAACAGGUAUGGGUACCCAACUCACAAAAUGCUACACCUGGAAAGCCUUUAGCAGGGAUGAGGGUUUCCCCACAGCCAUGGAAGACAAUCCACCCCCAGGAACCUCCUCUCAGCUGUGCUAGUUUAACUCUAGUUCCUUGCCAGGGCCAAGUGCAAUUAGGGCUGCAAGACACAGGUGAGCAGCUGGAUACGCCAGCGAGAGUCCUGACCCUUCCCCAACUGUCCACCAGGGGGCGUGAGCAGCCAACAACCCCAGCCAACAACCCCUUUUGAAGGGGGCAACAGGGCAGUUGCUCCACUUGGAGGACAGUCAAAGUAGGUGGCUGUCCACCUCCACCUCCCUGGGUAGUCCAAACCCGCAGGAAGAGAGCUUUGUAAGGUACCAUAGCCAGUCUUGCACUUGGUGCAUAAAAUCAACCCCAUCGCUGCGCCUUCCUCUCCCUCAAGUGGUUCCAGGGCUUCGCUCUCUCCACUUGCACAGAUGCUUCCAUUCAGUCUUCAUCCCGUAACCCCCGGGUGCCUCGGGGAAGACACCUGCCUGUGCUUCAAAGGCGCGACACUCUCAGACAUCAUUAUGUGCUCUGGAAUUUGACUAUCUGAGAAGCCAGACAGACAGGCUUAAAUGCCAGCAUUGAGUCCCUGUUCAAACAUCCCCAGAAGUGUGAACAGUCAUCCCCCGUCCCUCUCAGAAAUUCUUGAUGCAUCACAAAAUAUUUGUCACCUUUGUGGUGGGAUGAUGUGUGUCUCUUCCAGCUCGAGAGAAGGAAAGAAAACGGGAUCCCAGUUGAAUGUCAGGCCCACAGUAAACAGUAAUGAGACUCAGCCGUCGGCCCAGGCCUAGGAUGGUGGCUUUGGAUCCUGCAGUGAAGACAGCCGAAUAGUGCAAAAGACUGAGGGGAAUUCUGCCCUUAUGGGCAACUCUUAGGAUGCUAUUUUAUUUUCCUAUAGUUAGGUGGGAAAUGAUCCUUAGGUUGAGGUAACUCCCUAAGCUCCGUAAAACUUCUCUAAGAAGUGGGGGGUACCCAGCAGGUAGAUCAGAUCCCCCAAAGAUGGUGUGCGGAGCCCCAUGCCUGGAGUAGCCUUGUUAUUAAGGAACAUUUCAAGACUGUAUUAAAACAACCAAGCCCUAAGAGGCAGAACUUGCCCAUCUGUGUCAAAAAUCCGGGGCAAAAAAAUUACCCAUAAGACUCUGCAGCAGCCCUGGCACCAACCCUGUCUAACUAUGAGAAAAAGAGCACAGAUUGUAUUUUGCAUUUAAGACACGUGUCACCUUGCUCUGGGUUGGUUACUUGGAAACAACAUAAGCUUUCAGUGGCACAGGUGAGGAGGGUGAACCCAUGCCAGACUCAGGCAUGGCAGCAUUGGGAUGUUGGCACUGUCUGGAAUACUUAGCCAAGGUGACUCGAGAGUGCUGUCUCUCAGUGCAGCCUCACCCUAAGGUGAAUGGUCCUCCCGAGUGGACAUCAUUGGGCCUUGCACUCGACCUCUCCCACUCACUGUCUGCAUAUGAGCACAGCCAAUCAGUACAGAGCAGGCAUUAAAUCAGGCCAGGAAAAGGGAGGCAUGAGAAAAAUGUCAGAAGCCCAGACAUACUUGAAGAAAUAGGACACUGGAAACAGAAGGUCUGAAAACUGGGCUUAAAGGAAGUAGCAAUACUCGAAAGUCUGAGGACUAAUGUAGGCUGGAGUGGUGAUCAGGUUGAGUAGGGAGUGUUGACAGCCACACAGCUCAUGCGCUUAACAGUGCCAUCUGUCUUCCUCAGAGUACCGCAGAGUCCGUCCCCUCUCCUCCAUUAUUAAAAGGCUGGAACGAGUCCCCGGGGUCCUUUGCUUCACUGGCUCACUGUGAGGAGCUUGUUCAACUCAAGCUUCGUGCUUGAGAAGACACUGAGAAUGUGGUGUAGUAGUUGCUGCUCUCUGGCGCUCAGAACACUGAGAACUGGGAACCUGACCAGAGCUUGGAAUCUCUAUUUCAUGAGACUGAGCAGAGAAACAUCUGGGAGACUGGUUCCAAGCGGGCAGGAAAUAGAUGCUGGACUCCUCUUUCCUCUCCAUAAGAGAUCAGAGCAACUGCUUCCUGUUGGAAGUUUUGCAUAGCAUUAAGAAAAGCUGGUGAAUUCUGGGAGGGCUGGGCCACACCCACAGCAGCUGUCCCAGGCCUUCAACAGGGCCCCAGCACAACCACGGAGAGGGACAAUGUGAUGGACAGCUUGUAGGACCUUUCUCAAGAGGAGGGUGGAGGGCUAGUGGGGACAGGCUGGAGACAGAACUUCUGGGAGUGGAUAGCAGAGCAAAGGGCUAGCAUGUGCUAUGGAAGGAGACUUCCAUGGGUGGAGCCCAGCAUCAGGAGUACCAUAAAGAAUGCCAGGCAAGGCAAACACCGGACAGCAGUGCUCCGUCCAGUGCUCCUGGUGGCCAGAUUGCCACGUUUAGGGCAGAAUCAAUAGAGAGGGCCAUCUCUGGAUCCAUGGGGUUAGAGGCCAUUUGAGGACAGAUGUUUGUCUGGAUUGGAAGCCAACCUUUGUCCUCAUGAGGCCCAAUAGGUAGAACUGGACUGAGUUUUGUGUGGCUCUGAGAACCUGCAGAGGCUGUUAAUUCUCGGUGUCCAUUAGUGUUUCAGGGACCAGCACAGAGGAUAUGCUUUAACUCUGGAAGGGCCACCUGUGCCCUGCACACAAGAACAUUCUGGGUUCAGUAGCACAUAGCAGAGGUAUACGGAAAAGACUGGUCCAUCAGCGCAACCUUCUAGAAUCUUCCAGUCACUGAAACAUGGAGUCUUAGACCUAAGGGACCAGACAUCUAGCCAUUUAGACCUAGAGUGACUAACAGGGAAUUCUGUCAUUAUCUUUCAGGUACAGAAUUUAGGAAACCUUGGUCCAAGGAGAGCCUUUGGAUAUUGUUUAUUGGCCUGAGAGAAGUCUGGCUGGUGGUCAGACAGUAUUUUUUUUUUUUUUUUGAGGAGUAACAUAAUUCCCCACCAAGUGGCCUGGAGUCAUUCACAGAGCUGGCUCCUGUGACAAGCUCAGGGGCUCCCACUCGGCCCACAGUAGCAGUUUCUGAUGCAGAGAUCCCGGAAGGGAAGAGAGUGGCAGGAGCCGUUCUGGAGAAUGACUUUAGCCUCCUGUCUAACCAUCUUUGUGCAUGUUCAGCGUCUGGGGAUGGGUCAGCUUGGCUGAUCAGUUCAAUUGGUGUGAGGAGAAAGAGUAGGUUGGAGGUGUGUAAUGAGAUGCAGCUUGGUCUCAUUCAAACAUGUCUCUCCACCUGCAGUGCUCCAGAGAAGCCAGAGGUGGGAUAGACCCCGAGGAUUCAGAUUUAACACCAGGAUGAAAGGCGGCCAGGAGUGAUGAGAGGACCCUGGCUUCAUAACCAGAUACUUUCUUUAUGUUUAGUUUUCAACCAGGGCUGUGUAGUUGAUCGGGAAAUCUACAAACUCCUACAUCAUUGAAUGAGCACUGUUCUUGUUGUAGGAAGGGCCUGACUCCUCCUUCUGUUGGCUGUGUGAUGUUGGUCACAUUCCUUAGCCUUUCUGAGUCUUAAUUCACUCAACUGUGGGGGGGGGGGGAGGAAACUAAUGAAUGGUUUUUAAAGGUUGACAUGAAUUUACCUGAAAUAAAUGUAUAGAGUGGGCUAUGAAAUAUAGAUAUGAGGGAUUAAUGUAGUAGUCACAGCAGGAGUUUUUCUACAGUGAUUUUCAAUCAUCAACCUAAGGGCUGGAGAUGUGGCUCAGUCAUAGAAAGCUUGGCUUGCCUGGCAAAGCUCUGGCUUCAUCGCCAGCACUGAAAAGAAAAAUUAAUGCAUAAUUUUUAUACUCAUUUUGUUGUUGUUGUUGGAACAAAGUAGAGAUGUCAGAGUCAGGAUAAGGCAGGGGGUGGGGGGCUGGAAUGUCCCAGUGUGACUGAAACAUUAGAAGAUGGCAGAAACCCAGUAGACCUGUAUGGUCAAGUCUACUCUUGCUUUAGGAAGGCAGCUGGGUUGGCAGACAGUCACAGUACAGCAGAGGCUCAGGUGACACACCUAAGUCCAAAGGCUUCUAGAUCAAUACAUUAAAUAUAUAACUAAUAAACUAAAUCCAUUAUUAGAGGGAAAGGCUGCGAAGACUGACCAGAGGAAAAUAAAAAGUUUAUCCUUGGCAUGUAGACUAUCCAAUUGUCUGUAAGGCAAUGGGGACACAGAUAUUCCUGACACUGUAGUUUGACAUUACUCCCAGGUAAGUGUUUUACCCAUGUCUAAAAAUAUAAGUCCUUAAAUAAGAGCCUUGUCCAUGACUUUACUGAGAAAGCUAUUUCUGUGGUGGAUUCUGUUCAGCUGGCUUAAUUCAUAGCUUCAUUAAGGCAGUCCCAAAUCUUUCCAUUAUCAGUUUCCUAAGAUUAUUUUCACUGAGAUCAAUUAUCCUGUGUGCAAAAUUCAUGAAGAUUAGUCAGGUUUCUAAAAUUAUAGCUUCUGCCACUGUGAGUUUUACAUGGAGCCACUAAUUUUACUAGGUUCAAAUUUCCUGAGUCAUAUUUUGUAAUCCCAAAUUCUUACAGCGAUGCUAGACCAAACAGAUUUAUUACGGGGUGCUUCUUCAGCCUGCUGACCUCUGGCUCAACGGGGAAUUCCUUAUCAGAUCUAUUUUGGGGCGGUGGUCCAUAUCCUAUUCUAUAGUUUCCAUGGUCAUCACACAGAAGUAACUCUUGAGUAAAUUUAUAACUCACGUGUCUUAUCAUGGGAGAGAGUUUUAAACAUUGUCAAGAUUAUUUUAUUCUGGCUGGUUCUGCCAGGAAGAUCGCUCAUCGUUGGAUUUAGGAAUGACCAUUUGCUUUUAUUUCAUGUAUUUUAUUUUGUGUGUGGAUAGCACUAGCCGCUGUGUUUGGGUGUUUCAAUGGCUGCUAGGCUGGGAUCUGCUGCAUCUUUGGCUGGUUCUUGUACCUUGCCAUUUGUUGGAACAACGUAGAGAUGUCAGAGUCGGUGUAAGGGAGGGCCGGGAUGUCCUAUGACUAAAACAUUGGAAAAAGGACAGAAACAUGGUAGAUCUAGAUGUCUAAAAGCCUAUCCAAAAAUCUACUCAGGCUCCAGAGUGGCUGCCAGGUUGGGAAACAGUCAUCAGUAUAGCAGAGGCUGUGUCAGAGACUCAUUACAAAGGUGCGUGUAUAGGUCGAGCACUUACAGAACACUUAGUGUGCAGCAAGCUGAACAUACUCUGAACUUCGUCAUCUCCUCAACUGUCACUCCAUGGGAUACGCACUGUCCUUAUCCCAUACUUAACAAAUGAGGAACUGAAAUGGCAAAGACCUAACUUACUCUCCUAGAUGACAAGCUAGUAACAGAUAGACUUGUGUCCAGGAUUCAACAGCAGGGAGGAGGCUUUGCAAUUGAGCCUGUGGCUCCUGGGGUGUUUAUCUGACCCGGGGAAGUAGGGAUAGAAAGGACAAUUUUAAGAUAGAAACUGUGAAUCUUGACUGAAAGGAAUGUUUUGUGGAUUUGGGAGCUAUUUCUUUCUUUUUUUUUUAAAUUAUUUUUUAGUUUUUGAAAAUGCAUGUUUAUACAGUUAUCUUUUGAUCAUACCCACCCACCACUGCCUCCCUAUAGCUCCCCCUUCAGCCUAUCACCCUUCUCCCUCCCAACUUCAGAGCCACCUGUUUUUGGUUAUCAAUAAUCCAGUCAUAGGUCAGGAGGUAAUUUAACACAGAGCUAAAGCAGCUUGGGCAGAGGGUACCUCAACUGAAGGUUGGCGUGUGCCCUUGUCUUUGAGGCAUUUUCUGAAUUGCUAAUUGAUGUAGGAAGUCCCUACUGCGGCUGGUGCCAUUCCUAGGCACGUAGGUCUGGGUUAUAUAUGAGAGGUAACUGAGGGAAGCUAACCAGCAAGCAGCUUUCUCCAUGGUGUCUGCUAUCCGUGUCUCCUGGAUUCUUCCUUCAGUUCCUGCCCUGCCUUCCCUUGGUGAUGGAUUGUGACCUGGCAAUUGUAAGACUAAAUAAACA